AUCCUGCUCACACACACACUGCAGCAGGCUGUAGAGGAUGUGCCCUCUCUGUAGGGGGGGUUGUGCUCUACAUGCUGCUCCCGCAGAAGAAGCACAGAGACUCGGAACUAUUUUGAAUGGAAAUACCCUCCUUCUUCUUUUUUUUUUGUCUCCUGCUACUGUCACACGGUUUGGUAACAUAGAUGCAGUAACUCGGACUGCAGUGAGCGGUUAUAAACGGAACAAAAAUGCGCGACCGAACCAAAGAACUGGGAAAUCCUGCAGCUAGCUCGGAGGAAGAUGAGGAAGGUACAGCACUCAUGAUUAAACCAGGCACAGGGACCUCCAUGAAGGAGGACCGAGAGAAUGAGGCUUUCUUUCGGAAGGUCCAUGAGAUUCGAGAGGGGCUUGAAACACUUAAGAAGAAAGUAUCUGAACUGGAGAACAAACAAAAAACCGUUUUAGGUGUAGCGCUGCCAGAGGAAAGUAUGAAAAAGGAACUUCAGACUAUAAGAGACGAGAUCAAAGUAUUAGCUACCCAAAUCCAGAAGAAACUGAAGAGUAUUGAACCCAAGAAAACUGAUGAAGAUGGGAAAUAUGUUCCAAUAAACUUACGAAUGCAAAGAACACAGCAUGCUGUUCUGUCCCGAGACUUCCUUGAGUCAAUGAGUCACUGUAACACAAUUCAGGCCCAGUACAGAGAUAGAAAUGUGGAGAGGAUACAAAGGCAACUCAAAAUAACUGGCAAUAAUGUGACUGAAGAACAGCUGGAGUCAAUGCUUGAGAGUGGACAGACAGAUGUGUUCACACAAAAUAUCUUAAUAGAUGCCCAAGCCACCAAGCAGGCACUAAAUGAGAUUGAGUCACGGCAUGAUGAGAUUCUUAAACUGGAGAAAAGCAUCAAAGACCUUCAUGACAUGUUUCAGUAUCUUGCCAUGGAAGUGGAGGCACAGGGGGAAAUGGUUAAUCGUAUAGAAGACAACAUAAUUAACUCUUCUAACUAUGUAGAGAAGGCUGUUGAUAACACAACAGCAGCGCUUGUCUCUCAAAAGAAGGCCACAAAGAAAAAACUCUGGAUUGCAGUGUGCAUUGCAAUUUUAAUUUUGAUACUAGCCAUUGUCCUGGCUGUUGUUUUUAGCUGAGUCCAGUACAAUUAAAGCAGGUUUGUACAUUUCACUAGAUGGAGCAGGCUAUCAUUAAACGACACUUUAAUUUGCGUUCUCUCAAAAAAUGUAUACAAUAGCUCACAUAUCUCCUAAUUCCGUCUUUACUGACAUCUCAGCUUGAUUGGCUUAUAUGGAAAAUGAUUUCAUCUGCUGCAUUUCAUGGAGCAUUUUUGUUUUCAGCAUUUAAAAAUCUUAUAGAUUAACUUUUUUUCUUGGUCCCACACCUUUCUUUGCAAUGUUGUGAAAUGAAUCAUCGAAAUGAGGUGAUCCUUUCUGUAUUUAUACAGCGGCUCAAAAAAAAAAUUGAAAAUCCUUGAUUUCUGCAGUCAUUUUUACAGUUUGAGCAGAGAUUGGUGAAUCCAACUCUGGAUCCAAAUUCCAGAAUUUAGUAGAAAGCCUUCUUUGAAGAGUAAAGCAUGUUAUAGCAGCAAAAUGGGAACAACUCCAUAUUAAUGCAAUGGGUUUGGAAUGAGAUGUUCAUAUUACGGGUGUGAUGGUCAAGUGUCCAUGUACUUUUGGCCUUAUUGUGUACAUACAGGUGACAGUUUAAAGUGUCUUAAUAAAAUUUUGAUCCACCACAAGCCAAAGGAAUGAAAGAGCACUGUUUCAAAACAUUCCUGUAGAUGAUGAUGGUGGUGGAGAGCACUGUUUAGCACAUCAGUCUAAAAUUUUCCUUUGUAUUAGUCAGACUUGAGCAGCUUUGAUUUGAAAAGUCUGAUGUGUUACUUGUACAAUUAAUUAUGAAAUAAUAUUAAAUAAAAAAAUUAACAACAGUAUUUAUUUUCCCCCUCUUCCCUCAGUGUACUCUUUCUGCUGGUGGUCUCUGCUUUGCAUUUUAACCAAAUUAUGUUGCUAACACAAACCCUUUAUCACUAACCUCCUGAUAUAAACACAGUCUCUUCAGUUCUUCCAAGUUAAUGAUUAAUGGCCUUUUCACCCAGAGAUGAACAUUGAUUUUGAAGCUGUGCUGCAAUACGAUGCAUAAGAAUCACAUAAACAGUUUCUUUUUCAAUGUCAUUUUGAAAUAACACUGACCUAAAAAUUAACUGUUCUCAGGAAACCCCGAAUGAUAACAGAUUUUUAAUAUAUAAAGCAUACAAAAGAACCUCAAAAACACUGUGUAAGAUAUUUGAGCUUUGUUAUUAUCUUUCUGUUGAGAAUAUUAUUUGUUGGUAUUGUGUACAUUUUUGAUGCUAUGUCAAGAGAAGAAAAUUCUCAAGCUCAUGUUAUAACUGUAUAUACACAAACCUAAUCUUUUACAUCUUGGCUUUUAUUUUGCAGUAUCUGCUCCUGAAUUAUUGUUGUUUCAUGUCAUAAAAUUUCUUCUCUUUACCUAAUCACAACUCUGCGUGUAGUUCUAUAGCGUGAGCUGCACCUUACACAGGAAGGUAGACAGUAGUAACGGUUCAUUAAUAGAGUAAGUGAUACACUAAGAAAUGUGUCGCUAGUUAUUUAUUUGGACCUUGUCUCAAAUAGAAUGUGUCAGUCUGCUUAUGAAGCAUCUGAUAUGUACAGUCAGUAACUUUCUAGUGCCUUUGCCUUGGUGCUUUAGCGUAAUUAACUUCUAUCUGUAUGAAUUUAGUAGCAGGUAAUAUCAGACAGGGCUGCAGUAUUUUGGUGAAUGAUGUGUCAUUUUGUACUGAACUACCUGUAAUUUUAAUACAGAAUUGUUUUAAAAUAAAAUUUAUCUUGUACUA